AUGCUUGCCCAACUUGCCCUGGUCUUGGCCAUUUUCGUCAUUGGCUAUCUGGUGCGGGGAACCAAAGCGCGCGCGGUCCAGCCGACCCGACUCGAGAACCUAGCCAACAACCAGGAGAAACACAUCGAAGCACCUACUCUAGCGCACGAAUUGAGCGACGAUGACCUAGAUGACUACAGUUUGCCUGCGAUAUCAGGUUCUGAUCUAGUCGGCACUAUACUCGGACGAUGUGUAUUAGCAACGUUCCACGACCCAGACCGCCAGUACCUGCCAGAGAAUGCGAUCAAAGAGGUCGUCGUCCAAGCAGCGAUCGAACAAGAGCUGGACAAGAUCGAGAUAUAUUCAAAAGAGUUCGCUGCUAAAUGGAAUCGCCGACGUCGGUCUGAACUUGCAACAUGGAUCCGUCAGAAGGCUCCAAAGCUGUUUGUUAUCACCAUCCAAUGCGACUUCGAUCCAUCUCGUCUUCUGCUAGCUAUGGCUAUAUUUCGAAAAUGCCGAUUUACAGACAAAAGUCUACCAGUGGUUGAUAAUCUGACGAGUCAGGAUGUGUUCUCUUCGCAGGUCUGGAGUGAACUCAAAAUCCUUAACUUUCGAGAUAAUCAGUGGAAGUGCUUAGCUCCAGUCUUCGUGCAACGAAAGUACGGCUACGACCUGAAAGCGCAAUGCAUAUUCCCAUUCACUUCAGAUGGGGCAGUUCCAAAGGACGGCGCUUUCAGUUCGGUAUAUCGAGUCACUAUACACAAAGAUCAUCAUGAAUACCCUGAGAUACAACAGGUGGCUCUUAAGGAGCUGAAAGUGCCACAGGGAGGAGAACAAGCUGCCGGAACUGACAGGGCGUGGAAUUUCGAAGCUACUGCUCUCGAAGCUAUUCGGAAACUCAAUCAUGGCCACAUCGUGAAAUGCAUAGCAGCUAUACGAAGAGGUCACAGCCGCUACUUCAUGUUCCCCUGGGCUGAUGGGGAUAGCUUACGUGAUUUUUGGGACCACACGCCACGGGAGGCUCCAAACGCAUGUAUCAUCGAACACACCAUCGUUCAGCUUAGAGGUAUCGUCGACGCCUUGGACCGACUACAUAAUUUUGACGGCGGGCGCCCAGAACAUGACAGCGAAGCCAAUGGCUUGACGAUACGAGUGAACGACCCAACCGUUGUGGAAUCGCAUCUGAGCGGCGGAAGUGAUGCCGGUAGCGAGAACGGGCUUGACAAUGAGGUAGACGACUACAAGAACGCGGGAAAUGCGGAGUCCAUCAGGCAUGGUGAUCUGAAGCCGGAGAACAUCCUCCGGUUUCUUACUAAUGGAUCUAAGUCUGGCCUUGGGACUCUGAAGAUCGCAGACAUGGGUUUGGCUAAGCGGCAUGUAGUGGCGACGCAAGAACGAGGAAAGGCAACAAGCACCAGGUACGGUACCCGACGGUACGAGGCGCCAGAAACCGUUACUGGUGAGAACGCACGCUCCCGACUCUACGACAUCUGGUCCAUGGGAUGCAUCACGUUCGAGUUCAUCAUCUGGAUCCUGUAUGGCAAUGACGAAUUGAACAACUUCUACAAACAGAUCGAGGGGAAUGCACAACAGAUUUGCCAGUAUUACGAAGUCUUGGAUGCGAGCGAACCGGAAAGUGCCAGAGUUCACCCUGUUGUCCAGAAGUGGAUGGACCAUAUUCAGAACAAGGAUCCGGAAUGUUCAGCAGGACGCAUCUCGGCGACGAAAGACUUGCUCAGGAUUGUACGCGAAAUGCUACUAGUCGUCAAUUUGCCACCCAAUAGGAAGAGUGGGACUCUGGGUGGCCGGCCUCUGCUUCCUCCAGCACUCGGUCAAUCUAUCACACGCUAUCGAGCUACGGCCGCGCAGUUUCGGGAUGAACUUGAUGUCAUAUUGAGGAAGCAGAAUAUAUCCGGUUAUAUGUUCACCGGCAAAGACCGCACCAACGUCAGAACGCCAACCUUCACAGCCCCAAUGCUAUCGCCCAACAGUGCCAAUCUCCCGUUAAACAACCUGCCGCCAUCAGGAUCACUCAAAAGUGGAGUGCUUGGUAAACCUAUCGGUGCUGACUACACCCUUCCGCCUCUCAAAGACUGGGAGUUUCAGAUCGAUAACAACUUCGCUGACAAAGUCGUCGCAAGUACCGGUAUACAGGAAUUCAUACCACAAACACGCUUCCAACAUCGACUCUGUGGCUCAUGCUCGGCGCAAGAUUUCCUAAAAGGCGGUUUCAGCAUCGAAGAGCGAGUGUCAAUAUUGGAAGAUCGUGCGCCGCAAUGCGAUCUGUGCAGAAUGUUGUAUGAAGUUCACAACCAAGCCGAAGAGCCCAAAGGAGACCGGGCGGUAUUCCAGCGAGACCAGUCAAAUAUCAUCAUGACAGGCGACUCGUAUCCUGUUCUUUCUCUGAUCAGAAGUCCAGAAACGGAUCUCCCAUGUCCAAUCCAGAUUGGCUUCCCAGAGCUCCCAGAAGCUGGAUCAGACGCGUUCUUCAGCAUCAUAAAGCUUUGGCUCAAAGAUUGCGAUACGAGCCACGCAGGAUGUAAGGGGUUAUCCCAUAGCUUGCCGACCAGACUCCUCGACGUGGGCACUAUCGGUACGCCUAUGCUGCGCCUCCUCGAGACGAAGCGAGAGCACAUCCCGAGCAAACAGUACAUCGCACUGUCACAUCCCUGGGGAGACACCACGAAGUACACACCGUUCUGUACUCUGCCAGAGAACCUAGAGCAAUAUCUUGAAGCCAUUCCCGAAGGCGAGCUCCCAGCAACCUUUCAUGACGCCGUUGACAGCACACGGAAGAUUGGCAUCCGCUAUUUGUGGGUAGAUUCGCUCUGCAUCAUCCAAGGUGAAAAUGGAGACUUCAACGAGGAGUCUAAGAAUAUGGAGGCAGUCUUUAGUGGAGCAUAUUGUGUACUCGCUGCAAGCCGAGCGAGCAAUCAGCGUGAUGGCUUCCUUGAUCCUAGGCCGCAGCGUGAGUAUAUCACCAUUCAGCGAGACAACGAAAAGCCCUUCUUCGUCUGUAAGACUAUCGAUAAUUUCAGUAAAGAUGUCAUCGAGGGGUCUUUGAACAAGAGAGGUUGGGUGUUGCAAGAGCGCGCGCUGGCACGACGGACCAUCUACUUCACGGAGAACCAGACAUACUUCGAGUGCGGCCAAGGUGUUCGAUGCGAAACCCUGGCCAAACUGCAUAACAAUAUGGCCGAUUUCCUUGGUGACCCAAACUUCCCCAACAAGGCCAUGCGGGCCAACCGCGCACGGAAGAUUGCUUACUUUCAAGGCCUCUACAAGCAAUACUCUCGUCUCGACUUCACCCGCUACUCCGACCGUCCUUUUGCCAUUGCGGGUCUCGAGAAGCGUCUACAAAGUGCUUUCAACACAAAAGGAGCGUUUGGCAUCUUUGACGAUGGUGACAAAGAAGACGGCGGACUCUUCCAUCGGAGUCUCUUGUGGCAACGCGGCGAAGAAAAGGGGGAUCUUCCGAACAUGCCCACGAUUGAGUUCCCACCAGCGCGCAAGUUGAAAGUCCCAAGCUGGUCCUGGAUGGCGUACCGAGGUGGUAUAGAUUACAUCGAUCCGCCUUUCGACCAAGCAGACUGGGAGCGCACGGAGAUAAUCCCGCCCUGGACUCGUGGUAGCAACAAACAUUCCACGACAGACACCAGUCCACAGGAGGACGAGAUCGCCAUCAUAGCUCGGGUCCGCGACUUCAAAGUAGCGGGGAGAUUGCCAGAGGAGGUCAAGAUAACGUAUGAUGCUGAGAGGACAAGCGCGAGCGACGGCCAAGUCACUCAGUGUGUCAUUGUCGCGAAAAUGAAGGGUGGAAGCUCGAAUUUGCUGAGGCGAUACUACGUCUUGCUUGUCACAGCGACGCAGGGGACGACGGGGAGGGGCGAGAAGAGGUAUAGGAGGGUUGGAGCGGGGUUCAUGUUGGGAAAGUACAUCUCAUUGGAGGGGGAGGGUAUCGCGGCGAGAAUCGUUUAA